UUUAAUUAUAUUGAAAAAAUGUUAAAAGAUUGUGUUUUUAACAUUUCAAUUGGGACUGAGGACUGACCCUAACUUUAUUCCCCGCGUAGCACGACACUGCAGCUAUGAAAUUGAUAUGCGUCAAUUGACAAUUAUCCUCUAACCAAAGGCUCUGAAACGCCGUCAAACUUCGGUUCGUGUCGUUUUGGCAAGAGAAAAAAAAAAACCCUACUUAGAAAUCCCCGACUCGCGCCGAUGGCGGAUCUUCCGCCGGAAGUAAUCAGCGACAUCCUGUCCCGGUUGCCGGUGCAAUCCCUACUCCGAUUCCGGGCAACGUCAAAGUCAUGGCGGUGGCUAAUCGACAGCCACCACUUCAUGUCGCUCCACCUAAGAAGGUCCAUCAACUCCACCACCAACACCACUCUCAUCCUCCGCCUCGAAUCGGACCUCUAUGAAAUCAAUUUCCCAACCCUAGAUUCUCCGGUGAACCACCUCAACCACCCUCUCAUGUGCUACAGCAACAACAUCAACCUCCUCGGUUCUUGCAACGGCCUUCUCUGCAUCUGCAACGUCGCCGACGACAUCGCCUUCUGGAACCCUUCCCUCCGCCAACACCGCAUCCUCCCUUACAUCCCCACCGCUCGCCGUCCCGACCCCGACACUGCCCUCUUCGCCGCCCGCGUCUACGGCUUCGGCUUCGAUUCCCUCACGGCCGAUUACAAACUCGUCCGCAUCUCCUACUUCGUGGAUUUGCACCACCGUACCUUCGAUUCCCAGGUUACGCUCUACACGCUCAGAUCCAACGCGUGGAAAACCCUCCCAAGCAUGCCCUACGCGCUUUGCUGCGCACGCACCAUGGGCGUGUUCGUGGGGCACGCGCUCCACUGGGUGGUCACGCGCAAACUCCAACCCGAUCAACCCGAUUUAAUCGUGGCCUUCGAUCUCUCCCUCGAGAUCUUCCACGAGGUGCCGUUACCCGACACGGGCAACGAGGGAAGCUUCGAAAUCGACGUGGCGCUAUUGGGAAACUGCCUCUGCAUGAUCGUAAAUUACCAAAACACUAAAAUCGACGUUUGGGUUAUGAAGGAAUACGGAAUAAGAGAUAGCUGGUGCAAACUGUUCACGCUGGUGGAGUCGCGUGAUAUGAGAUCUUUGAAAUGCGUUAGGCCGUUAGGGUACUCGAGGGAUGGGACUAAGGUUCUGUUGGAACAUGAUCGAAGGAAGUUGUGUUGGUUUAACCUGAAAAAUAAUCAAGUGAGUAAUGUUAGAAUUCCGGGAGUGCCCAAUUUAAACGAAGGCAUGAUUUGCUUGGGAAGCCUUGUCCCACCAUCUUUACCCCGUGAAAAUUGUAUGAAGCCGCGCACACUUGGAUGCGAAAGUACAAGGAAGACAAGGGAUGAUUUUCUGUCCCAGGGAUUCAAAUUGACGUUAUGAGAAAGCAAAAUAUGAAAGAACCAAUGUACAUGGUACGUGGGUGGGUGAAAGUCCCUUACUGGUUCCUUCCUAAGUUAUGUUUGAUGACGCAAAUUGUGGGCUUGUUUCAGUGGGAUAGUUAGAUUAAUCAGACACGGGAACGGAGCUGCUGUUUUCCUGUUAAGAUCUACUAUGCCUUUUUCCUUAUAAUUCCUUGAUUUUGCACCUUCUGUUUUGUCAGCAAAGAAGGUGGAGAAAACGCCCAUUGAUGUGAUAGAAAAGGCUUAAUGAAGAUGAAGAACAGAUACGGAAUGUACAAAACUUCUUUCCUUUCCUUUUAUUUGCUGGGUCAUAAGUAAUACAAUCUCCAGUUACCAGAAUUCUGUUACACCUGCUAACAAUAGAAAGAAAAUGGCGUAUGUGGUUUUGCUGUAAUCAAGUGUGAAAGCUUUGGAAUGCCUCAGUGCUUAUGUAUGUAUGUGUGUGUUGAUCUGGUUGUACUAGCGAAUGUAAUAACUAAUAACUGUCAUGGUACAAAUUCAAGUUUAUUGGUUGGUUGAAUUUCCAGAUUGAAUGCUAAAAGGUUGACAGGGUUACAUCAGCGAAGGAUUUGGCACUGGGCUUUUUGUUCUUCUUUCGGAGGAAAUUAAGUUGAAGAAGUGUUUUACAGUACUGGCUUUUAUCCAUCAGAUACUAGUGCUUCUACGAUGGUAAUUGUAUGUUAGCUUGAAUAAAUUUUGCUAACGCUUAAAGAAAUUUUGUUACGAGAGGUUGUGAGCACUUCGGCGAUCUCCUUCUGCUAAAAAAAGGUCUAGUUGUUGGAUGGAGAUAUGCUUAGUGCAAACUAUUUUGUAUAUAUAAUAAAUCAACUUUUUGAUGUCUAAUGUCAAUCAUCACUUUCGAAGUUGAAUGCACUAGUUAAGGCAGUUGUUAUUGAAAUUCUUCUGUAUUUCUGAAUCCUCCGGGACCAGGUCCCCUUUGAUUCCCAUGGAUGUGUGAGGAUGUUUCCGUGAGAGCCCUCAAAGCUAAAUUAGUAACAGCUAAUGAUUAUAAUUUUCUUGCAGUAAAAAAGAAAAAUUCUUCCGGAGUACUAAGAAUUUUCCCUGUUUGAGUUUCGAAUGUUUGACAAAUUUUAUCAUUAAUGAAAUUCUCAGUGUUUUAUUUC